AUGAUUCGUCUUGUUUUUCUUUUAUUCAUUACAACUGUUCUUUCAAGUUCAAUUUAUCGACCAGUUGUUCUUAUGCAUGGUAUUGUAUCAUCAGCUGAUGAUAUGAAUGAAUUAGCUAGUUGGAUUCGAACAUCUUUUCCUGGUAUUUAUGUUGUAUCAAUUGAAAUUGGUAAUGGUAAAGAUGAUUCAUUUUUAUGGUCAAUAGAAAAACAAGUCGAACAUUUUUGUAAAACGGUUCUUGAUGAUAAAAAUCUUCGUCAAGGUUUUAAUAUGCUUGGAUAUUCUCAAGGAAGUAUUAUUGUACGUGGUGCUCUUGAAAAAUGUUCAUUACCUGUUUAUAAUUUAAUAACAUUAAGUGGUGUUCAUCAAGGUGUCUUCGGUUUGCCAUAUCUUCUUAAACUUCCUAUACAAUUUCGUGAUUUAAUUACAAAAUAUGCAUAUGAAGAUGCAAUACAAAAUGUAAUUAGUGUCGCGAAUUAUUGGCGUGAUCCGGAUCAAUUGAAUAAAUAUACAACUGAUUGUCAUUUUCUUCCGGAUAUAAAUAAUGAACGUAAAAUACAAAAUGAAACAUAUCGUACAAAUAUGUUGAAAUUAAAUGCAUUUGUUAUGACUUAUUCGGAUAUUGAUGAAAUUGUUACACCAAGACAUUCAGGUUGGUUUAUGGGUUAUGCACCGAAUUCACUUCAUGUUGAAACAUGGAAUAAUUCAAGACAAUUUAAAGAAGAUCUUAUUGGAUUAAGAACAUUAUGGGAACAAGGAAAAUUAUAUACAUUUACUUCUCAUGUACGUCAUCAAGAUGUUCCACAUGCACCUAAUCAAGAUUUUAUUAUACAAAAUAUUUUUCCUUUUUUUAAUAAUACACUUUCAUAG